GUCUACAGGAUGAUAGUCCUUACCUUGGCGAUCCCCACAGGCUUGCAUACAAGGCCCCCGCCUUCUACUGUACCAGGGUGGCUCUUCGCAGAAGAACGGUACCGUAAUAUGGCAAUUCAACAUUGGCUUUACUGGAUACAGCUCCGACAUGUGGAUCAGUCUGCCCUCCAGUGGCUAGCAGAUGGCACGACAGCCCUGGCUCGACUACUCAAGCAGGCCGUACUCGCCUCCAAACGUUCACGGCGGCUGGCGGCGGAGGCAUUUAUUAGAAGGGUGUUGGAUUUGGGCGACGACCCGCCAACGGAAGAAGGGGAGGAGGAAUGGUGGAUGCAAUGGGCGGCGCUGCAGGUGGAAUGGGAGGAAUGGCAACUCAAGGACGCGGAAGCUUGGGGACUGCGCAGCAAAGCUCAAUGGACACUGGCGGCGGGCCGCAUGACAAAUACAUUUUUUCGUCGGCUCCGUACGAGACAGCCGGCCUCCGCCAUGAUGACCCUGCAGCCACCAUUCCAACAGGACGGCCCAGUGGCUGAGGAUACCCAGCACAUUCUGCACUUUGCCCAUCAAUACUACUCCUAUCUUUUACCGGAGGAGCAGCCUUGGACCCCGGAGGAAAUCGCAGCAGAGCCAGCCGCGGCGAUUUGGCAGAAGAUCACUACCGCACUGACCGACUCAGACAGCGCGGAGCUCGAUGGGCCAAUCAUGGAGCACGAGGUCUGUGAAGCCCUGGCGGAUCUGCCAGCCGGCAAAGCUCCGGGACCAGAUGGAAUGCCAGUCGAGCACCUCAAGUCCUGCCUGGACGUCCUCUUGCUGCAUCUCCUUGAGGGCUUCAACGAUAUAAGACUGGGAGCUUGGCCUCGCAACGAUCAUUCUAGCUUAAGACAACGACGAUUUGGCCCGCGGUUCCUCUCUAUGGUGCGGUGCCUCUUGGCCUCGACAACAUCUCGACUCUUGAUCAACGACUAUGUGUCGGAUCCGAUUGCGAUCACUCGCUCAGUCCGUCAAGGCUGCCCACUGUCCCCUGCACUAUAUGCAUUGUAUGUUGAACACUUGCAUGACAUGCUCCGGGCGGACGAUGAAUUGGAGGGAUUGAAGCUCCCCGGGGGUCGACAACUCAAAUCAUCGGCGUUAGCGGACGAUACUGGAGCGGUCACUGCAACUACGUUGGUUAGCGUCCGAGCGCUGCGUACCCAGGUGGGCACCUUCGAGAAGUUUGCUGGGGCACGCAUGAACUGGCACAAAACGGUGGCGUUGGUACCGGAUCUCAAUGCGGCCCCGCUGUUCGAGGAAAUGAGAGUCCAGCCGAUGACGGAAGCUGCAUCCUACCUCGGCAUUAAGCUCCCUCGCGCCCUCACUGAUGGCUCCCAGAUGGAGCAGUUGAUGCGGAAAGCGGCCACGCGACUCGCAUUCCGCAGGAAAACACUGGACGCCGGGAUCUUCGGCCGAGUGCUCCUAGCGAACACCGCGGCGUCUGCGAUGCUCUGGUACGCGGCCCCCGUCUCAACCCAAGACCCGGUCCCGCAGCGGGAAUACCGAACGGCGCUCUCCAAGUUCGUCUGGAAGAACGACCCCUUCGCCCCCCACGCAAUCCAUCAGGUCGCUUGGCGCAAGCUCAUCCAACCCAAGGCAGGCCGGGGAUUGGGGCUGAUUGACCCGGCCACACAGAUUCAGGCGCUGCAAUUGCGGACGGUGAUUUGGCUUCUGUUGGAGCAGGAUGACGCGCCCUGGAAGCUCUUGACCUUGCAGACCAUGGCUGAAGCGGCGCGACUGCACCCAACGGAUAUGGAGCUGGCCCUCCUGCAACCAGCCAUCCUCACGGGUCUUAAGAGAGGCGCCCUGUGGUCCCCAUUCCUGAAGGCAUGGCGGGACCUGGCCCCGCUGGAGCUCGAGCCACCGUCGUCGCUUGACCACAUUCUUCAACAGCCCUUGUUUGGCAACCCCCGGAUCCGGGAUAGUAAUGGCGAGCGGUUUCCAUGGGCAGGGGCUAGAGGGGCCUUUGGCAAGGCAUGGCUAAGGGCGGGAGUGGCGAUAAUAGCGGACCUGUGGGACCUGCAGACCAAUGAGUGGCAGCAAGAGUCGGCUCUGCUGAAACAGUUGGAUGGUCAGACGCAUAAACAGCAACGGCUGCACCAAAUCCAGCAGGCGAUCCCGAAGGAAUGGCUGGCUGCGCUCAGAGCGAGGCAGAGAUUUGAUGGGGAGUGGGUGGUGCUGAGCACUGACAACUCGGCCCGCCUACUAUUCCAGAUCACGGCACGUGUUGGGGAGUCCUGGUUGGUCGUUGAAGCAUGGGAGAACCCGCCCUCUGACACUGCACUUGGCCCCCCCUUGGUUUGCUCCCCGAGCAGGGACGGCUGGGUGCCCAGGGACCUCGUCCGAUCGGUCUCGGUGGUCACGGACAGGCGAGGCCUUGCCCGGCGAGCACAUCACGCCUUCAGACAGGAGAAGCGUCCAGCGCAGCUGGCACUGGAUCCGGCCAUGUGGCAGUGGCGAAAGCAAGGCCUCCAAUGCCAUGAUCUCCCACUCCAUCAAGUAUCCACCAAGGUUAUCUAUCGUUCACUGACCACCCCCUACCGAAUCGAUUAGAAGCUGCAACAUCGCUGGACCCGCAAGGGAUGGUUGACGGGGGGCUCCCCCAUCAGAUGGUCCCCAACUAGGUGGAAAUCUAUGCCCGCCCGCCUCCAGUCGCUCCCCAAUGU